ACCGGGCGCAGCCGCCGCCGCCGCCUCAGCCGCAGCAGCGCCGACACCGCCGCGCCCUCCUGUCCUCCUCUUCCUCCUCCUCCUCCUCCUUCCUCCUCCUCCUCUUCCUCCUCCUCGUGGAGCCCGCAGCCUCCUCGCCCCUCUCCCCCCCGGACCCCGCGAAGAUGGUGGACCGCGAGCAGCUGGUGCAGAAGGCCCGGCUGGCCGAGCAAGCCGAGCGGUACGACGACAUGGCGGCCGCCAUGAAGAACGUGACGGAGCUGAACGAGCCCCUGUCCAAUGAAGAGAGGAACCUGUUGUCCGUCGCCUACAAGAACGUGGUGGGGGCUCGGCGCUCGUCCUGGCGAGUCAUCAGCAGCAUCGAGCAGAAGACCUCUGCGGAUGGCAACGAGAAGAAGAUCGAGAUGGUCCGUGCCUACCGCGAGAAGAUCGAGAAGGAGCUGGAAGCGGUGUGCCAGGAUGUGCUGAGCCUGCUGGACAACUACCUGAUCAAGAACUGCAGCGAGACGCAGUACGAGAGCAAAGUCUUCUACCUGAAGAUGAAAGGGGACUAUUACCGCUACCUGGCCGAGGUGGCCACCGGGGAGAAGAGGGCGACCGUGGUGGAGUCUUCGGAGAAGGCCUAUAGCGAAGCCCAUGAGAUCAGCAAGGAGCACAUGCAGCCCACCCACCCCAUCCGGCUCGGGCUGGCGCUUAACUACUCGGUUUUCUACUACGAGAUCCAGAACGCGCCGGAGCAGGCCUGCCACCUGGCCAAGACAGCCUUCGACGACGCCAUCGCCGAGCUGGACACCCUCAACGAGGACUCCUACAAGGACUCAACGCUCAUCAUGCAGCUCCUCCGCGACAACCUAACGCUCUGGACGAGCGAUCAGCAAGACGACGACGGCGGAGAAGGCAACAACUAGACCCCCCCGAUGGACUGGCAGCCGCACGCUGAUGCUAACUACUGCAGUCUUUAUUUUUUUCCCACGAGUGGGGGGGGGUCCGGGGUGGGGGAGGGAAAGGGAGGGGACACCUUCCCAGGGAGGCCCCCCACAACCUGUCUUUGAUUGCCUCGUUGACAUUUUUGCCAAAACACCACUAGUGGAAGUCAGGCUGGCUGUGCUGGUAUGGAAUAGCAGCCUCACUGGCAUAUGGACUGUUCUGUAGAUUAUUAAUACAAGUGGAGCUGUCUUUAAUUUAACUUUAUUGCUAGAAAUAAAAAAAAAAAGGGUUUUAAGACGAAUUUGCGUGGAUGGAAUGGCCCUCAUUUUUAAGGAAAGCAACGCAAAAACAUUUGAAAAAAAAAAAAAAGGGAGUUCUGUGGUUCCAGUAAGGCUUCGAGCGUUUGUUUCCGCAGCCCGGGUGCCGUGUGCCCGCACCACGCCGCGGGGCCUCUCUCUGCAGCGCUCUGCCUGCCAGGGCACAGCUGCAAAUCCCCAAAUUGAGAAGGAAUUAAAAACAAAACCAACAAAACUAAAGAAUUUGGGGCUCUCAAAGCCCUGGGAUUUAGGCCAUCCAAUCUUUUUUUUUCUUUUUUUUUUUUUCCUUUCUUUUAAUUUUUGGUUGAGAUAUUUAUUAGGGUAGCUUACAGUAUUAACACUAAAUUGCAGUUUACAGUAUUUCUACAUUACAGCCAUAUGACAUCAAGCCUUUGAUUGUCUGUUUUUCUUUCUUUUGCUAGUUCUUUUGGCUUGCCUUCCUGAGCAGUCCUCGCCUGUGGACUGGCUUUAGCUAUUCUGUGUCGCCCAAGGCAAGAAGACCGCCCGCCCGAGGAACAUCAAAGCUGCUCUAGUUUUUUGGUCAACAGCUUAACAGGUGCUUGGCUAGCGGCUGUUUCAACUAUUUUAAGUCCACAGCAAAAGGUUUAAGAACUUAAUUAGACAAAGGGGGAAGUGUUUAAACUUAAAAAUGCCACUUAAAUAAAAAACAAUAAAAAAAUAUUAAAAAAAAGAGCAUUCAGGUCUGUAUGUCAUGUACUGUGUUUGGUAUUUCAAAAGACCAUCCUGAUUUAAGGUGCCACAGCUGCUUCCUCAGGGAUUGCACUGCCAUUUCACUCUGCCUGACUUUCUCCCACUGUACCAUGAGGUUUGUCAGCAGAUCUCCAGCACCCAGGGCUCCCUUGUUUGUCACCAGGGAAGCCGGGUGUGUUUUCCUUUCUCCUGGGGAAGCUUGUGGUGUAAUGAGUGAACUUCAGGAGCUUAGACACUAAUUUGGUAGAGGAAUUCCUCAAGGGAAGAGCUACAAUCAUAGACAUUUCUGUCCACCAUCAGGAGCCCAGGAACUUAGUUCUCUUCUUAGCAAAAUCUUUUCUCAGUCUGUCUGAUCCGGCCGGGGGUGGGAGUUGGGGCAUCUGAAUUGCUUAGCAGGUACUACUUACCCCAUUUUGAGUAACUUUAGCUUUCAGUUGGAUUUUUCCCAUGGUCGUUGGAGGUUCAGUGCUGUUCUCUGGCUCGCGGAGUGCUGUGCAGUGAGGAGAACCCGCGCUCGUGCUUUAGCUCCCUGUCGAGAUUCUGCCGCAGAUUUUGGAGCCCGGCUGUCCCUGGCCCUUGCGAGAGCCAGCCCGACCCGGCUGUGGUGAGGCACACACGGCACCGCCGCUGCCGGCCCGGGGCACGGACACGGCUCCGGCCCGCUCGGCUUUGCCCAGCCCGGGUUCCCCGCUCCGAGCGUCCCGCAGGGGAUGCGGGCACAGCGAGGGCUGUGCUGCCGGUGCGUGCCGGCACCGGGAGAUGCUUUAGGCUUCUGAGCUCCCUCUGUCGACCCCCGUGUCCCGUGAGCAGUGUUGUCCCAGCUGUAUAAUUGGAAGUGAUUUACUGGAAUUACAAAACCUAUCUUUUUUUUUUUUUUCCCUUUUCUUUUUGUCCUCCAAAUAAUUGCUACUCUUUUUGGCUUUUUCGCUCUGGCUGCUUUAGGAAACUUAUGCAGGAGAGAUGGCACAAGAGGGCUAAAAACGGAGUGGGGGUCAGGGACUUGAUUUUUAAGCAGCUUGAAUGGUUUCUUUCAUUUUCUAAGAGAUGCACUUGCCUAUGAUACUGUCUCUCCAGUGAAAUGAUUACUGCUCCAUUACUCUAUUGAUACAAUAUUGUGCAUGCUAGUGUCGUAUUUCUAUACAGUAGCUUGAAAUUUAUUAACUUAUACUGUAGAUGUUAUGUAUUCCUAUGACAAAAUAGUCUUCAAAAAUUUUUUAAAGUUUUUUAAUUUAUUUUUCUUUCCUUUUUUUUUUUCGGGGGUAAAGUUUGCUCUACCAAAUAGUGAUCGUAACAAACUGAUCUGUUAUGGAUGUUGCUAUAGUGACAUGCAAUUAUAUAUGAUUUUGUUUUUAAAAAGGAAAAAAAAAAAGCAAAAGAAAACACCAGUGUUAGCUUAAUCUUAAUGUCUGGUGUUCGUCAUGGUGAAAUUAUAACUAUUACAGUGUAGGAGAACAAUGACUGUGUUCUUUGAAUGAGCCUUUGUUUGUGCUUUUUGUCAUGUUAUGCAGUGAACUAUUUUUAAGGUCUAAUCAGUGAUUAUUUUUCCAACUCCGUGUUUCUGUAAGGAAUUAUUUCACACACGGACCAUUCUUAGCAGUUUUUCCUCAGUGAUGGAAUAUCAUGAAUGUGAGUCAUUAUGUAGCCGUCGUACAUUGAGCAAAUAAACUUACAGAUCUGACGUCAGCGCUGCUUAA